AUGUGCCUAUUUUUUCGGUUAUCUUAUGUGGGUAUAUAUCUUUGGGCCAUAAUAAGAGUAAUCCAUGGGUCAAACGGGCCGUAUCAUAAUUUUAAUUUGAAAUUAAAUAGGUUAAUUGGGCAUAGGGAACCAUUAUUUUCGCGAUCUUCUUUUUUUGUAUUCGCGCCUGUGAUUGAUAGCCUUUCACCUGGUUCCUUCGUCGGCGUCACGGUGCAACAUCCAUCGUUACGCAGUCUUGCUUGGUUUUUUGUUAUCUCUCAUCUCUUGCUAGUGCAACACCAACAGUUCCACGGGUAUUAUGGUAAACUGCUACUGAAACUAGAUUCUGUGGAGUGCCGAUUCUAUUCUACGUUUUGA